AACGCCCAAUAAAGGUCUGAAAGCAGGCUGAUAUAUAACUCGAGAUUUAAGGCCCUUUCCAACUCAAUCCUCAUGUACCUGACCAGCUCGUCUCAAUCCCCAUAUUACACUCACAACCCAGUCAGUGACACAGCGGGAAGCCGAAGGUAUUAUGAAACUGAAAACUGUACCAGUUAGUAGCAGGUGGUAACUGCACGAAAAGGGGAAUUUCAAAAAAAAAAUAAAGGGGCAGUAUGAAGUGGUACUUCGUUGCCGCACUCCUCACCGUCCUCACCAGUUCUCAGGGAAUUCUGACUACUCUCUCUCAAAGUAAUGGAGGUUACAAGUAUGAUUACGCAACUGUUCCAUUUUUGGCUGAAAGUUCUUAAGCUUCUGGUUUCUAGUUUAAUUCUCUGGAGAGAGUGCCAGACAUCACCAUCUCCAAGGAUAACUACAGAAUGGAAGACCGUGCGCUUAUUUCCUAUUCCUUCAAUCAUAUAUCUAAUUCAUAACAAUGUGCAGUUUGCUACCCUAACUUACGUGGAUACAUCCACGUAUCAGAUAAUGGGCAAUCUCAAGAUUGUUACAACUGGCAUAUUAUUCAGAUUAUUCUUAAAGAGGAAACUGUCUACCCUUCAGUGGAUGGCAAUUGUUCUAUUAGCUGUUGGAACAACAACCAGUCAGGUAAUUGGGAACAAUUCCAUGUAGUUAGGGAAACUUUUG